CACCUAACAACAGUGUGUGGUCUUAAAAAUGGCACCGGGUAGUUAGCGGGUGUCUAGUCUACCAACAAACGAUCAUAUCUUGAUCUACUUAGCUAUAUCUCGAGUACUAGUACCACUUCCGACAGUGUAUAGACCUACUAAAGCUUUCAAGACUCAAUUAAAGCUAAAAAUUCGACUAAGAAACCUUGAAAACAGAAGUCUAAAAGCCUCAAGAGAUCUAGAUGUCCACAGUGAAUUGUGUUAUGGCCGAUGAUCAGGACGAGCCGACUCUGGACCUCACUAUAGAAGCCCUCACUGGGACCGUGUAUGAUCUCUGUGUCAGUCCAUAUGAGACUAUACUGGGCAUUAAGACAAAGAUACAAAACCUCGAGGGCAUCCCCGUCUACCAACAGCAACUGGUAUACGGUAGCAACGAGCUACAAGACGAAUUCUGUUUAGCAGAGUACGCUAUACCGUCCGGUGCUCAACUGAAACUCCUCAUAGCCAUGCGUGGUGGGCCCAUCCAUGCUCAGAGAGUGCACCUUGACCUUGAAGACCCCACCCUGAUGGAAAUAGCGGAGUUCCUUGAUUCCCAGGCCGGGGACAAGUACACUGUCAUGUUGGUACGCAAUGGUGAGGAUCUGGACACAGCCAAUCUGGUCCGGGUCCAGAUGCACGAGGAUAGUUGUGAAUCACUCAGCUGUAGCCCUGUGCACAUGUCUGAGUCACACAGGAGAAUCAGUGGACCAAGUAAUGAGGAGGAGCAUGCAGUGAUGCGAGAUAAGGUGAAAGACCUGAUGGCUAAACUGAAGAAGGUUCGUUCCUAUCGCCACAGCCCGUCCACUGCAACACUUCAACGCAAGACAACCUCCAAAGUUCUCAUUCUCGAGAGUAGAGCUUCUUCCAGUCGGAUCCUCCAUAACUCAUCAAGAGGGUCGCCCCUGAGGAAGGCAGGAUAUAAUGAACCACUGUCGACAGCACCAAGACGACUCUUGUUCCCUGCUGAGGAGAGGACCUGCUAUCAUCAUUGUAUCCAGUCAACAAGGUCAAAGUCCAGUGGGAAACGAGCGAUAAGGGGUGUGUCCACUAAAAGAGCACACAGUCCGGAGGAGACUCCGACACUCGGCAAGAAACACCUCUCUAGAGUCAGUGUUGAUGACACAGACUCAGUGUUCCACCCUCCACUAGGGACGAGGAUACAGCCACGCCCACCACAACUCGGACAAUCGUUAGAUGGAAGGAAGGCAACAAAGAGAGUACGAAGGACCAGUCAUGUGGAGAACAUACCGACAGGCAAAAAUACGGACACUCUGGUGGAUCUCAGUGAUCAUUUGUCACGGCUAGGAUUGGAGCCACACCCCUCUUCCAGGCCACACCCCUCUGACAAGCCACGCCCUUCUGACAAAGCCGGCCCACCCCCUGAUAGUCAACACUCUAAAUCAUCAUUCCUACCUCAAAUAUCAUCAGGGGCUGGCCCCGUCUCCUUGACAACAAGCCACGCCCACUCCAGAACUACAACCACCUCACGAAAACUCGGUCAAGGUCCACUACCCCCCCUAGCCAGUGGAUCCCUACCCCCAGUGGGGGGAGGCAAAGUCGUUACUAAACACGUGGGCAAGAGGAAUCGAUGCAUGCAGUGCAGUAAGAGAGUGGGGCUAGCCUCAACGUACACUUGUCGGUGUGGUGGUAUGUACUGUGCUACUCAUCGCUACGCUGAGGCUCACUCGUGUUCCUUUGAUUACAAGAAGGACGGGCGGAGGGUCCUCACUAGAAACAACCCAGUCGUUACUGCUCCCAAACUGCCCAAGAUAUGAACUGAACAGACUAGCCAAAAAUUUUUUUCAGCCGUUUUUCAGUGUUUGUUUUUGUAACCAUUAAUUUUAUGGUAAAGAUCA